GACGAAUCGGAUGAUGAGGAAGAUUGCGGCACUUCAAAAAUCCUCCGCGGUCGUCCCGAAAACGAUAAGACAACAUGCGCACAAGAGAAAUCUAGCAAGAAGUUUGGGUCGUUUACGGAUAAAGCUUCUUGCGAUCAGAGUGAAGUGAACGAGGACGAGCCCUCAAAAACAAAAACUUCAAGCACUUGUUUUAACAACCUAUCAUCUUCUAGCACCAGCUCCAGCACUCCGGGUCAACCUCAAGCGACUAGUACCACGGCAUCAAAAUCACCACAUUCUGGUCUUUAUGACAGUAAAAAGCGCACUCAUUGACCCUCAUGGAAUUAGCUAAGCUACUAAAUUUUAAGUAGAAAAGUAGCUAACUUUCUGAGUAUUGGAAUGAGUACACUUUUUCCUUUCAUAGUCUCCUCAACCUCAAAGGCACGAGUAAACGUGAGAUAUUGCUUCGACGCGCCGACUUUAUCUUCUGGAGUCCACCCAGAUAUGGUCGAGCAGGGCCUCUAUCCAAGAGGAAGAAGUCUCUUUCUGCUGAGCUAGUGGCAGCAGGCGAAGAACUCUGCUCAUUGCAGGCCUUGGAGGAUAUAGGCAUCACAACUGAAAGGUAUAUUAGUACCAGCAACAGGAGGGAUAGGGUUAGGGAUACCAAUAGUACCUUCAACGACAACACACGUGGUGGAAAUCGAAAU